AUGCUCCCGCCAAUAGACGAUGCCGUGCUGCAGAGCAAUCCCGAGUUCGCGACACUCUACAACACGCUGACGACAGCAGUUCUGAACGACGAUGGAUCGACAAUGAACGACCCCUCCUCGAAGGAGCGCGAUGCCACACGCGAAGAGGACGGCAACAAGCACAUCAUCCGCUCCCCCCUCAUCCAACCAAUCCAGCACGAGCACCGACCAGCUCCCCCCGCCCCUCAUCGACCUCCUCCUCCUCCUCCCACCCCUCGUCUCCCCCCCGACCGACCCGGACCACCAACCCCCCUCGACGCAGCCACCCUCGACCUCCUCCUGACCAGCCCGCCGCUGAGCGACCUCCCCGCCCUCCUCCCGCACCUCUGGCCCCUCCUGUCCGCCUCCCUGCAGACCUCGGCCCUCUCGCUCGCCCGGCACGCCCACCCGUCCACCAACCCGUCGUACCUGCACCGCCACCUCCCCACCCUGGGCCCGUCCAUCGCCUCGUCCACGGCCGCCCUGUCGGCGUCCAAGCGCGACCUGACGCGCGCCCGCCUCGACGCCGCCGCCGCCGUCGCCGACCUGCAGGCCGACGUGUACAGCCCCGACGCCAGCGCCGCGCUGGCCGCGUACGCCGCCCACCUGCGCGACUCGCGCGUCCGCCUGGCCGAGGGGUGCAGGUCCAGGCUGGCCGAGCUGGCCGAGUACGGGGUCGUGGUUCCGGAGGAGGGCGACGAUGGCGGCGGUGGUGGCGACGAGCAAAACGUCUCGGCCAAGGAGAGGACGAUGCGCGAGAUGGCCAGGGUGUUUGGCGAGAUGGAGCGCGAGAUGGAGGACAUUCAGCGGGAUCUGGAGCGGCUUGGUCGUGCGUGA